AAGAACAGAUAAGAAGAGAGAGAGAGUGGAGACCUAUUUAAAGGGCGUUUCGCAUCUAUCCCAUCUAUUCUCUUCGGCCAAGGUGCAGGCAGCAUCGGGACGCGUCGCUGAUUGGCGGGGCCGCGCGCUUUCCUGACAUUUGUGAUUCAGACCACCUUUAUACCGUUGCGUAGGUCAUAUGAUUCUAUCAAUCGGUUGGUCUUACGAGUUACGCGAAAUUGACAAAUUGUCAGUGUGCGCGCCAAUUGUCAUCCCUGUCAGCGGUUAUUAGCUACGUUUCGCGUGAUACGUAUGCAAGUGAGUGCGAACGGUGGUAAACGCGGCAGUUAACGACGCAGGUCCUCGACGUGCUCCGAGAAAAUGUCACUUUUUGGAGUAGGCAAUCCCUUUUCUACGCAAGUAGGACAAAAGAUUGAGUCUGCUACAGAUGGUAGCUUACCCAGCGAGAAUUGGACGCUUAACAUGGAGAUAUGUGAUAUUAUAAACGAAACCGAGGAUGGGCCAAAAGACGCUAUUAAAGCUAUAAAACGCAGAUUCAAUCAGGCGGCGGGAAAAAAUUAUACCAUAGUCAUGUACACGCUUACCGUAUUGGAGACAUGUGUGAAGAAUUGUGGAAAACGUUUUCACGCUCUUGCUUGUUCAAGAGAGUUUGUGCAAGACCUAGUUAAAUUAAUCGGCCCCAAAAAUGAACCACCGACAGCAGUUCAAGAGAAAGUUUUAAGCUUAAUUCAAACAUGGGCGGAUACGUUCCGUCAUCAACCACAUACUCAAGGUGUCGUGCAGGUUUAUCAAGAAUUAAAGAUAAAGGGCAUACAGUUUCCGAUGACUGAUCUAGAUGCUAUGGCACCAAUUAUCACUCCAGAAAGAAGUGUACCUGAAACAGAGCAAAUUCCGGCAAGCCUGACUACAAAUGAGCAGCCUGCGUCUUUGGGAACGCAACAAUUACCUUCUCAAACGUCACAAUCUAUUGGCCAGUUAACUCAAUUGAGCGAACAACAAAUGGCCAAAUUGCAAAGCGAGCUUGAUGUUGUUCAAGGAAAUAUGCGCGUAUUAUCGGAAAUGUUGGCAUACUUUACAAGUUCAGACCAAAGUUGCAAGCAACAACCAGAUUCUGCUGAUCUCGAGUUAUUGAACGAACUUCAUUCCACAUGUAAGGCAAUGCAAGAGCGUGUCGUCGAUUUGAUCGGUAAAUUGGCCCACGAUGAAAUGACAGCAGAAUUAUUACGCAUUAAUGACGAAUUGAACAAUCUGUUUCUUCGUUAUACGCGUUAUACGAAGAAUAAAAUGCAAGUACCGGCGAGCACUAUAUUAGCCCAGACAAUUGCACAUCCACCAAACGCUGAAUCGACUCCAACGACGCUUACUAAACGAGAAGGGGAAUCUCUUAUAGAUUUAUCUGACGAUGUGGAUAAUGUAACAAAGCAAAUGAGUGAACUCGAUGCGGCUGAAGGUGUAGACAAAAAUACAAGACAAAAGGAGAAAAAAGAAAAGGAUAGCGAUGAAUUCGACAUGUUUGCACAAUCGCGCAAUGCAACGUACGAAACAACAAAAAAUAGUAGCAGCAAGUACGAGGACAAUAUGGAGCAGGUGAGAGGAGGGAGCUUAAGCACGGCAAUUCUCAACCGCAAUAAUCCUAAAUUACCUCAGCAGUCCACUACUACUAGUGCUAGUCCAAACCUGGAAUCUGAAUUCAAUGAAAUGGCAGCCUGGUUAGAUCGCACACAGCCUGGAGGGCAAGGUGAUCAAGAAUCCUUAACAUCGUCGGAAUUUGAGCGCUUCUUAGCAGAACGUGCAGCCGCGGCUGAAGCUUUGCCAACGCUCUCUACAGCCACAACUGCCACCGCGAAUUCUUCGACUACCGGUAACCAGAACAUUCAGCGCCAAAUUAACAAGGAUCAAGACAAAUCCUUAUUUGCUCUUUAAGUACCUUGAAAAUACCUAUCUGUUGUAAAAUGGGAGGUUAAACUUACUGGGACUGCCGUGCUACUUCAAACGGCACGUAUUUAUGAUUUUUCCCUCUGAUUAAACCUGAUUACGCUCUCGUGCUUAUCGUCGACAAUUUAAGCUAUGGGGAUUUGUAUUUUUAACGUAAUGAGCUGAAAUAAGAUAGAAAUACAGAGAGACGGGGGAGGAGUACACACAUGAAAAAUGCUUUGUGCUUGUACGUACUUAAUAAGGUAACCGAUCUUAUACAAUCACGCGCGCGUUUGAGAUGUGUUUCAGUUAUAAAAUUGUGGUCACAUACACGUAAUGAUAGAUAAGUUGCUUUAAAGUUGUUCUAUGAACCAUUACAAUUGACUAUUACGUAAUAAUAUAGCAUGUUAAGGAUUAGUUUACAUUUGUACAUAAGCGACGAUGCGUCCAUGGAAAUAUCCAGAUUAUAUAUCGCAUAACAGGUUUUAUUAUGAUAAAUUUUGCCUCAAAGUCGCGAAUCAAGCGUGAGUUCGCAAUUAGAUGAAAUUUUCGGAUUGAUGGGGGGACACAUGGGAAUGUCUGGACGAAUAUCCAAUUGAAUAAUCGAUCUUAUCUACAUAUUGACAAACUAUUUUUCUAUGUUGAAGUAAAUUUUGUCUCUCAACUAUUUGACAUUCUAUAUACAGAGAUACAUUUUACAGAUUUAUUAUUAUUUUUACUAUUGUAAUUCCUACUAUUGUAGAGACUUUGUAGAGACUUUACUAUUAUAUAUUUAAUAUAAAUUAGUAGCAUGAAUUUAUUAUUACUGGAGUUAUGUGUAAUAAUAUUAUAAAUGAGUAAUAUAUUCUGAAAUUAUUAUAAACGCUGCAGUAACAUCUUUAACAUCCUAUGUCUAUACAGAAGCUUGAAGAAGGAAUGAAAAGCUCUUAGUUGGUUUUAACUUUAUCCCUCGUGGUUUUAUCAAUUGUCCUAACAUAUUUUAUAGUAUAUACUGUAUUUCCUAUUUUACAUUUACUUACACUUGCGUUUUUACUGUAUUUAUGCAUAUCUAUCUAGUGAGCAAGUAGAUGGCUAAAGAAACAAGUACACCUGCGGUGCCUGUAUUAACUGAACUCGUGCAGUUAAUAAGGAUAAUCUGUACUCUUCAUUUACGCAGAGAAUAAAACUGCAUCACAACCAAA